AUCAUAAAUUUUGGCAGCCAUUUUUGUGCCUCUUUGAACAGAGAGAAGCUCCUGAUGCUGAAAAGGAACAUUUUUGCCUUCAGAAAAGCUCUAAGGUGGGAAAAGCUCUCAGGUCCCCUCGGUAUGUUCAUCCAAGCAACAGCAGUGGACGUGAACAACAUACUGUAUUGACACUAUCUGCUUUGCUGCACUCACAACUACAAGGUGUUUGGAGUGUUCUGUCUGAGUGAGCAAGAGAUGAUUCAGUUGGGCCUCACUGACGGCAGCCUGAUUGAUGAGCUGAUGGCGCUAACGUCCCAGAGUCUUGGCCAACUGGAGAUCCACGAACACUUCAACGUCAUCAAGGAAAUAGGCCGAGGAAAAUACGGCAAAGUGCUGCUGGUCACGCAUCGCUUCAGGGGGACUCCCAUGGCUUUGAAAGUGAUGCCAAAGACCUCAACUAAGCUGCAGGGCUUCCUGCGAGAGUACUGCAUCUCCUUGCAUCUGUCCUGCCACCCCUGCAUCGUGGGUCUCUUUGGUAUUGCCUUCCAGUCUACUGAGCACUACUGCUUUGCCCAGGAGCUUGUCAUUGGGCGGGACCUUUUUGCUGUCAUUCAGCCAAAGGUGGGCAUCCCUGAGUCAUCUGCUAAACGUUGCGUCGUGCAGAUUGCCAGUGCUUUGGAGUUCAUCCACAGCCGGGGCUUGGUCCACCGAGAUGUCAAGCCUGAGAACAUCCUUCUGCUGGAUCAUGACUGCUGCCAGGUCAAGCUGGCAGACUUUGGCCUGGCCCAGAAGAGGGGCACUCUGAUCAGUUUCAUCACAGGGAUCCUGCCUUACAUGGCUCCUGAGCUUUGCACCAUUGCUCUCCUAGAGGGCCAGAAAGAAGUAAUUGCUCCUCCGCUGAGUGUGGAGCCAAGUCUGGACACCUGGGCCUUUGGGGUGCUUAUAUUUUGCAUCCUGACGGGUUACUUUCCUUGGGAGCGUUGCACGGAUUCGGAUGACUGCUAUCAGGAUUUUGCUGACUGGACCAGAUUGGGAGAAAAUGCCCCCACUGAGGACAAUCCUCAGCUGUGGAAGAGGUUCACUCCAGAAGCCAUGGAGUUGUUCAGUAAACUCCUGGCUGUGGAAGCAGAAAAGAGGUACACCGAAGGGGUGGUGAGAGAAUAUGUGGAGAAGGCCUGGCUUAAAAAGGAACAUGGGAUGGAGCAGCAUGAGACAGUUGAAAAAGACAAAGAGUAAUCCUGGACAUACUGAGCUAACGAAUAAUUGCAACAAAUUCCAUUUGCAGCAUGUGUUGAAACCAUGUAAUAACAUCCAAAUCGAUUAAACUUCAAUUCCUAAAUUGGUCGCAAAAUGACUGAUCUGUACAGUGUACAAAACAAUGUACAUAUUUCUCCUAGGGGUUUACAUUUGGAAAACAUGCUGUGACUGGUGAAAGUAUUGUGUCAUCAGGUUUGUGCCAUUGGACUUACAUUAAUUUGCAGCCAUUGAAAUUAAUGGAUAUCAUCAUUUGAAUUAUUUUCAGUUCUUGUAUUAUACAGUGGGUACGGAAAGUAUUCAGACCCCCUUAAAUGUUCACUCUUUUUUUAUAUUGCGGCCAUUUGCUAAAAUCAUUGAAGUCCAUUUUUUUCUACAUUAAUGUAAACACAGCACCCCAUAUAGACAGAAAAAAGACGGAAUUGUUGAAAUUUAUGCAGAUGUAUUAAAAAAGAAAAACUGAAAUAUCACACAGCCAUAAGUAUUCAGACCCUUUGCUCAGGAUUUAGUAGAAGCACCCUUUUAAGCUAAUACAGCCAUGAGUCUUUUUGGGAAUGAUGCAACAAGUUUUUCACACCUGGAUUUGGGGAUCCUCUGCCAUUCCUCCUUGGAGAUCCUCUCCAGUUCUGUCAGGUGGGAUGGUGAACAUUGGUGGGCAGCCAUUUUCAGGUAUUUUCAGAGGUGCUCAAUUGGGUUUAAGUCAGGGCUCUGGCUGGGCCAUUCAAAAACAGUCACGGAGUUGUUCUGAACCCACUCCUUCGGUAUUUUAGCUGUGUGCUUAGGGUCAUUGUCUCUUUUGAAGGUGAAGCUUAAGCCCAGUCUAAGGUUCUGAGCACUCUGGAGAAGGUUUUCGUCCAGGAUAUCCCUGUACUUGGCCGCAUUCAUCUUUUCUUCGAUUGCAACCAGUCUCCCUGUCCCUGCAGCUGAAAAACACCCCCACAGCAUGAUGCUGCCACCACCAUGUCUCACUGUUGGGACUGUAUUGGACAGGUGAUGAGCAGUGCCAGGUUUUCUCCACACAUGCCACUUAGAAUUAAGGCCUUGGUCCCAUCAGACCAGAGAAUCUUAUUUCUCACCAUCUUGGAGUCCUUCAGGUGUUUUUUUUUUUUUUUAGCAAACUCCAUGCAGGCUUUCAUGUGUCUUACACUGAUAAGAGGCUUCUGUCAAGAUACUCUGCCAUAAAGCCCCGACUGGUGGAGGGCUGCUGUAAUGGUUGACGUUCUAGAACUUUCUUCCAUCUCCCGACUGCAUCUCUGGACCUCAGCCACAGUGAUCUUUGGGUUCUUCUUUACCUCACUCACCAAGGCUCUUCUCCAACAAUUGCUCAGUUUGGCCAGACCGCCAGCUCCAGGAAGGGUUCUGAUCCUUCCAAAUGUCUUCCAUUUCAGGAUUAUUGAGGCCACUGUGGUUUUAGGAACCUUAAGUACAGCAGAAAUUUUUUUGUAACCUUGGCCAAAUCUGUGCCUUGCCAGAAUUCUGUCUCUGAGCUCUUCAGGAAGUUCCUUUGACCUUAUGAUUCUCAUUUGCUCUGACAUGCACUGUGAGCUGUAAGGUCUUAUAUAGACAGGGGUGUGGCUUUCCUAAUCAAGUCCAAUCAGUAUAAUCAAACACAGCUGGACUCCAAUGAAGGUGUAGAACCAUCUUAAGAAUGAUCAGAAGAAAUGAACAGCACCCGAGUUAAAUAUAUGAGUGUCGCAGCAGGCUGUGUAAUAUUUCAGUUUUUAUUUUUUAAUAAAUCACUAAAGAUUUCAACAAUUACUUUUUUUUCUGUCAAUAUGGGGUGCUGCGUGUAUAUUAAUGAGGAAAAAAAUGAACUUCAAUGAUUUUAACAAAUGGCUGCAAUAUAACAAAGAGUGAAAAAUGUAAGGGGGUCUGAAAACUUUCCGUACCCACUGUAUGUAUUUUUAUUUAAAAUGAAAAAUAUCCUGAACAACUAUGGCAAUUUUCUUGUGUUUGUUUUUCCCAUUUAAAAGUGUACCAGUGUACUUUUAAACUCAGUCAUAUGAGGGGUAGGUAGCUGGGCCAGAAAUGUAUCACAAGUGUAAUAAAUAAGCAGGCCAAAGCCCUGCAGUAUGCAAAUGUU